AUGUCCAAGCCGCUCACGGACCAGGAGAUGAGGAAGCAGAUCUCGGUCAGGGGGCUGGCCGGGGUGGAGAAUGUGGCCGACCUGAAAACUAACUUCAACAGGCACCUCCACUUCACCCUGGUGAAAGACCGAAAUGUGGCCACCAAGCGGGACUACUACUUCGCCCUGGCUAACACAGUCCGGGACUACCUGGUGGGCCGCUGGAUCCGGACGCAGCAGCAUUACUAUGAGAAAGACCCGAAACGUGUCUACUACCUCUCCCUGGAGUUCUAUAUGGGCCGAACUCUGCAGAACACCAUGGUUAACCUGGCUUUGGAGAACGCCUGUGAUGAAGCCACCUACCAGCUCGGUCUGGACAUGGAGGAGCUGCAGGACAUUGAGGAAGAUGCCGGUCUAGGAAACGGUGGACUGGGUCGUCUGGCUGCGUGUUUCCUGGACUCCAUGGCCUCUCUGGGUCUGGCUGCUUAUGGAUACGGCAUCCGCUACGAGUUUGGUAUCUUCAAUCAGAAAAUCGUCAGCGGCUGGCAGGUGGAAGAAGCCGACGACUGGCUGCGGUACGGUAACCCCUGGGAGAAGGCUCGCCCUGAGUACAUGCGCCCAGUCCACUUCUACGGAAGAGUGGAGCACACAGCUGACGGAGUGAAGUGGGUCGACACACAGGUGGUUCUGGCUCUGCCCUAUGACACUCCAGUACCCGGCUACAGAAACAACAUUGUUAACACCAUGAGACUGUGGUCUGCUAAGGCCCCCUGUGACUUCAACCUCAAAGACUUUAAUGUUGGUGGCUACAUUCAGGCCGUGCUGGACAGAAACCUGGCUGAGAACAUCUCCAGGGUUCUCUACCCCAACGACAACUUCUUUGAAGGGAAGGAGCUGCGUCUGAAGCAGGAGUACUUUGUUGUAGCAGCAACUCUUCAAGACAUCAUCCGUCGGUUCAAAGCCUCCAAGUUCGGCUCCACAGAGUUUGUGCGACUCGACCUGUCUACACUGCCAGAAAAGGUUGCCAUCCAGCUGAACGACACCCAUCCUGCAAUGGCCAUCCCUGAGCUGAUGAGGAUCCUGGUGGAUCUGGAGAAACUCAGCUGGGAGGAGUCCUGGGACAUUGUGGUUCAUACCUGUGCCUACACCAAUCACACUGUCCUGCCUGAAGCCCUGGAGCGCUGGCCCGUCGACCUCUUCCAAAACCUGCUGCCUCGUCACCUGGACAUCAUCUACGAGAUCAACAGGAGGCACCUGGAGCGCAUCGCCAAGCUUUACCCUGGAGACCUUGACCGCCUGCGCAGAAUGUCCCUGAUCGAAGAAGGGGACGUCAAGAAGAUCAACAUGGCUCACCUCUGCAUUGUGGGAUCUCAUGCUGUCAACGGAGUGGCCCGCAUCCACUCUGAAAUCAUCAAAAACACAGUGUUCAAGGAUUUCUACGAGGUCGACCCUCAGAAGUUUCAGAACAAGACCAACGGCAUCACGCCCAGGCGCUGGCUGGUCAUGUGCAACCCUGGCCUGGCUGAGGUCAUCGCAGAGAGGAUUGGUGAGGACUACAUCCGCGACCUGGACCAACUGAAGAAGCUUCUGGACUUUGUGGACGAUGACGCCUUCAUUCGGGAUGUCGCUAAAGUCAAACAAGAGAACAAGAUGAAGUUCGCAGCUUAUCUCGAAGAGCACUACAAGGUGAAGAUCAACCCCAACUCAAUGUUUGAUGUCCAUGUGAAGAGGAUCCACGAAUACAAAAGACAGCUGCUCAACUGUCUGCACAUCAUCACACUGUACAACCGUAUCAAGAAGGAACCCAACAAGUCAUGGACCCCGAGGACCAUCAUGAUUGGAGGAAAGGCAGCUCCGGGUUAUCACACUGCCAAGAUGAUCAUUAAGCUCAUCACAUCGAUUGGAGACAUUGUCAACAACGACCCUGUGGUGGGAGACCGCCUCAAAGUCAUCUUCCUGGAGAACUAUCGCGUCACUCUGGCUGAAAAGGUCAUCCCUGCGUCUGACCUGUCGGAGCAGAUCUCCACAGCAGGCACUGAGGCCUCCGGCACCGGGAACAUGAAGUUCAUGCUGAACGGAGCCCUCACCAUUGGCACCAUGGACGGAGCCAAUGUGGAAAUGGCGGAGGAAGCUGGAGAGGAGAACCUCUUCAUCUUUGGCAUGAGGGUGGAUGAUGUGGAGGCUAUGGACAAGAAGGGCUACGACGCUUCGUCGUACUACAACCGUAUCCCUGAGCUGAAGCAGGCAAUGGACCAGAUAUCUGGAGGCUUCUUCAGCCCCAGUCAGCCUGACCUCUUCAAAGACCUUGUCAACAUGCUGAUGCACCACGACAGGUUCAAGGUGUUUGCUGACUAUGAAGACUACAUCAAAUGUCAGGAGAAGGUCAGCGCACUCUACAAGGACCCUAAGGAGUGGACCAAGAUGGUGAUCCAUAACAUCGCCGGCUGUGGUAAAUUCUCCAGUGACCGCACCAUUUCCCAGUACGCCAGGGAGAUCUGGGGAAUGGAGCCCAGUUUGGAGAAGAUCGCUGCUCCUGAUGAUCCUCGCUAAAAACCACAUCUGCCUCCUCCAGCUCGCUGUAGCUCACCGUGUGGUCCAACCGCUGAAGAAGAAAACCCCAUGUAGCUUUUCACUGUGUACUGUGGCAUGUUUCUUUCUUGUAUUGAAGUGGGCUUACUCAGAAUCUAUAUAUUUUUCCCUCUGUGCACCAGCAAUGCAUAUCCUCACUGUCGAGCGAAAACCUCCACGUCAGCCUUUCAGCAGCUAAGAAACAGCCUAAAUUCACUGUGGAAUCAUGGGAUUCUUCAACAUUAAAGAAAUACCUCCAGUAGACUUCUGUCUUUAACUGAACUUGGUCUUCCCUUCUCCAGUUUUCAUGCAGUGGUAACAAUUCAAACUGCAUUCCCCUUCCAAAACCCAGCAAAUAUGCCAACAAACCUCAGCACUGUCAUGGUUUCUAACCAACCCAUUGUCUUCCAUGUAGUGUGCUCCACAGCAUCAUGGCAGCACUGUGACUUGAUGGUGUUGGAAGGAAGCCACGCUUCCAUAUUCACCACAGAUUAACCUUCAUAUUAAUAUUUCAUAUUAAUGUUUCUCUCCGACUGCUCUGUCAGUGUUUUCUAGUGUUUGCUAAAUAUAAUAAUUUGUGUGUGUGUUAUCAUUAACGGUCAGGGGAGCCCUGUGAUGUCCUCAGCAUGUUUGUGUCUGUCUCACUCUGCUGUACUCCUCAAAGUGGCCUAUGUUAGAACAUAACAGCCUUCUCUGCCUAAAACCCAAGUGACUGAACUUAUCUUUGAGAGAUGCCUGUGUUCUGUGGUGUGUGUGUCCAAGACACUGUGAUAACAACAUAUUGUCCUGCUUCAGCUACUGUAUCCGACUGUGUGACUGCUGUGUUACUGCCUGCAAAUGCUGCAGAAAGAAGAAGCUGUCCACUAGACUGAACCUAACAUUUCACUGUCAGUCAGUGUUUUACUUGUUCUUUUCUUUUUUUUUAGACAAUAAAUGUCAAAACUUCAUCAACCGUCA